AUGAGUGAUGAGCAGCUGAAUAAUCGAGUUUUAGAGACAAUGAAGAAAAACGGAACAUUCAUGAAGUUGUAUUCCUUUUUUCUUGCAAAAAUAGACGAAGAAGCUCAAAAACAAGAUAUUGAUGUGAUGAAACCAUACAGACAGUUCAAAAAAACAAAGCCAAAUCAGAUAGCUGCCGAUUUUGUCAUUGAAUUUUUAACAAACAAGAAAUAUAACAAUACGUUAGAUGCAAUAGCUAUUGAAUCUAAAAAAUCAGAAAUAUUUGAAGUAUCAAAUUACACGCCACAUGAUAAAGAAUUGCAAAUACCAAAAAGUUCUCAUCCUAUACAAGCUUUAGAAAAAGAAUGGAUGAAAAACGUUACUGAUCCAUUUUACGAAAACAGAGAUAGGCUUUCUGCUCAAAUACAAAAACUUUAUUCGCAUUUAGAUGAAGGAACAGAGGCAACAAAAUCACCAUUACCAAAAUAUUCUAUUCCACCGCCGUUAAAGCCUGUAUACGGUGAAUCACCCAAAGAAGAGAAAUCUAAGAAUACAAAAGCUAAAAAAGAAUCACCAAAACAAUCAGCAAAAUUACCACCACCUUUAGUCCCAUCAAAACCAAAAAAGAAAACAUCAAAAGCAAAGCCCAAGCCACCAAGUGAUGAUGAGACAUAUUCAGUUACUGGAACAACAACAGAAUCAAUCGAACCUUGGAAUCCAUUGAUGGGUGUUCCAAAACGCGCCCCUCCAAAGGGAAACCUUAACCUUCCGAAGCCAAAAGGUGGAGUGUUUCAAUAUCAAGGCAGCAAAAAUAGUGUAAAUUCUUCGUAUGAAACUUCUGAUUAG